AUGAAUUCCUAUUACGAAAAAUCGCCUGAAGACGUUUGCAAAAGUGCAGUUGAAGAUCUUAGAGAUGAUGGGUGCUUUUAUAGAAAUGAAACAAAUCAGAACGACACUCAAGUUUCGCAAAAGUAUUCAGAAGAUGAGACCGUCAAUGAAUUAUUAUCGACCUUAAAAGAACUACUAGAAUCUUUUCAAGAUGAAGAACUGAAGCAGGAAAUCAUAGACAACAUUUACAAUACUGUUUUAAAUGCAAGGAGCGAAUAUCCCAAAAUGUCGGUCCCAAAAGUUAACAUCGAACUGCAAGAAUUUUCAAUUGAAGACAAGGAUUUUGAAAUAAAAGAAGAAGAGCCUGAACAUAAAGAAGCUUAUCUGAAGAGAUUUAUGAGCACCGAUCUAAUGAUAGAAAAUGAAGUCAAUGAAAAUAGUGGCACAUGCAAUGAUUUAGAACAGCAUAUGCUAGUUCAUAGUCAUAGUUGUACAUUUUGUUCAGAUACUUUUGCAGAUCUAAGCGCCUUAGAAAUACAUCAGAAAAUACAUGCAGAUGAAAAGCCUUUUGAAUGCACAAUUUGCAAUGAAGCAUUUGCUGUAAAAUUUGAUUUUGAUCGACACGUUUGUAAUGGAGAAAAAACUUUAACGUUGAGUGAAUCUGAUGAAAUCAGACAGGAGUUUAUUGAAGCACCUCAUUUUAAAUGUAAUGAAGGCACAUGUAAUGAAUCAUUUACAGAGCAGCAUGAUUUAGAACAGCAUAUGCCGGUGCAUAGUCACAAUUGUACCUUUUGUUCAGAUACUUUUUCAGAUCCAAGCACCUUAGAAAUACAUCUAAAAAUACAUGCAGGUGUCAAGUCUUUUGUGUGCACGAUUUGCAAUAAAGCAUUUGCUGUAAAAUUUGAUUUUGAUCAACACGCUUGUGAUUGGGGAAAAACUUUAAUCUUGAGUGAAUCUGAUGAAAUUAGACAGGAGUUUAUUGAAGCACCUCAUUAUAAAUGUAAUGAAGGCACAUGUAAUGAAUUAUUUACAGAACAGCACAUGCUGGAACAUUGUCAUAGUUGUACAUUUUGUUCAGAUACUUUUCCAGAUUCAGGCGCCUUAGAAAUACAUCUGAAAAUUCAUGCAGAUGUCAAGCCUUUUGUGUGCACAAUUUGCAAUAAAGUAUUCACUAGACAAUUGGAUUUUGAUCAACACGUUUGUGAUUGGGAAAAAACUUUAACGUUGAGUGAAUCUGAUAAUCAAACCCAAAGCUUGGAUACUCAUAGUGCAAAAGGUUCGCAUAAAUGCAAAGUAUGCGAUAGGUCAUUAUCAACAAUUUGGACCUUGAAAAAACAUAUGCUUGUACACAGUGGCGUACGGCCGCAUGCGUGUAAAUGUGCAAUAAGUCAUUCAUUCUCAACACAUAACAACUUGAAUAUGCAUAUGCUUGUUCACAGUGGCGUACGGUCCUACAGUUGUAAAGUAUGUAAUAAGACUUUCACAUAUUUUGGUAGCUUGAAAUCUCAUAUGAGCAUGCACAACGGUGAUCUGCCUUAUAAGUGUAAAGUAUGCGAUAAACAAUUCGCACAUUCGCGUAAUUUGAAAAGACAUAUGCCUGUUCACAGCGGCGAAAGACCCCACAGGUGUGAAUUAUGCGAUAAGACAUUUAUACAUUGGCGUAACUUGAAAACUCAUAAGCUUUAUAUUCACUCUGGGCACCGGCCUCAUAAAUGUAAAGUAUGCGGUAAGUCAUUCAAACAACCGAGUGAUUUAAAAUCACAUAUGGUCACACACAGCGAUGAAAAACCACAUAUUUGUGAAGUAUGCAGUAAGUCAUUCGCACGAAAGAGUAGCUUAAAAAUGCAUAUGCUCAUUCACAUCGGGACUCGGCCUCAUAAAUGUAAAGUAUGCGGUAAGUCAUUCAUACAAUCGACUGAUUUAAAAUCACAUAUGGUCAUACACAUCGAUGAAAAGCCACACAUAUGUGAAGUAUGCAGUAAGUCAUUCGCACGAAAGAGUGGCCUAAAAACGCAUAUGCUCAUUCACAUAGGAACUCGUCCUCACAAAUGUAAAGUAUGCAGUAAGUCAUUCACAAAAGGGGAUGGCUUAAAAAGGCAUAUGGUCAUACACACCGGUGAAAGGCUCCAUAGGUGUAAAGUAUGCGAAAAGUCAUUCGUACAACCGAGUGAUUUAAAAUCACAUAUGGUCAUACACAGCGAUGAAAAGCCACACAUUUGUGAAUUAUGCAGUAAGUCAUUCGCACGAAAGAGUGGCUUAAAAACGCAUAUGCUCAUUCACAUAGGGACUCGGCCUCACAAAUGUAAAGUAUGCAGUAAGUCAUUCACAAAAGGGGAUGGCUUAAAAAGGCAUAUGGUCAUACACACCGGUGAAAAGCUUUAUAGGUGUAAAGUAUGUGAUAAGGCAUUCUCACAAAGGAGUAGCUUAAAAACGCAUAUGCUCGUACACACUGGUGAAAGGCUUCAUAGGUGUAAAGUAUGCGAAAAAUCAUUCGUACAACGAGGUGGAUUAAAAAUGCAUAUGCUCAUACACACCGGUGAAAGGCCAAAUAGGUGUACAGUAUGUGAUAAGACAUUUACACAAGUGGGAGUUUUGAAAACCCACAUGCAAAUUCACAGUAAUGAACCGCGCCAAAAGUGUAAAAUAUGCGAUAAGUCCUUCUCAACAAUGCACUACUUGAAAAGGCACAUGCUCCUUCACAGUAGUAAACAGUUCCAUACAUGUUCUGUAUGCAAUGAGAUAUUUACACAAAGUAGUAACCUGGAUGAACAUAUGCUUAUUCACAAUGAGGAACGUGAAAAUAGUGCAAAUUCAGACAAAUUUUAA